AUGUGUGUGGUUACAUGUAUGUUUGGACAAAAUAGUACAAGAAUAUCAAAUGAAUUAGGAGCUGGAUAUCCAAAUGCGGCAUAUGUAGCUGUUUUAGUGACCUUAAUGAUGGCAUUCACAUGUGGAGUUGUAGAGUUUGGUUUGAUUAUUUCGGUAUGGAAAGUUUGGGGCAAGGCUUUUAGCAAUGUACAUCAAGUAGUUUCAUAUGUGUCUUCCAUGACACCUGUUCUUGCAAUUGCUGUUUUUGUAGAUGCAUUUCAAACAACACUUCAAGGUGUUGCGAGAGGAUGUGGUUGGCAGAAGCUUGGCGCAUAUGUUAAUCUAGGAUCUUUUUAUCUUGUGGGAAUUCCUCUUUCCGCUUUAUUGGCUUUUGUUUUCCACAUGAACGGUCAAGGGCUCUUUUUAGGUCUUGUAACAACACUUAUUGUGCAAGUUGUGUGUUUUCUUUUUGUCACUUGGCGCACUGAUUGGGAGAAAGAAGUAAAUAAAGCAGCAAUAAGAGUAGGAGGCACUGGAGUCCAAGAUAAUACACUUCCACUUCUCGUAUAGUUGAAGAAUUUUUAUUAGAAUUUUAUUUAUAGAAACUUUGUGAAAAAUGGGAAUUGUAUACAAAACUUAGUAUCUGGCUUCCUAAUUUUUAGUAUUUUAGAGA